AUGGGACUGCCAAAUGUGUCGGAAGGAAUGGCGGUCGCAGCCUUCCAAAAUGGGUUAAAUAGGAACGGAUCAAAGGCAACCAAGAAAUUGCUCAACAGACUCAUGAAGUAUCCCCCCACCACGUGGGAGGAGAUUCACAACGCCUACUGCGCCGAGGUAAGAGCGGACGAAGACAAUCUUAACAUCCCAACACAGCGGCUAACGUCAGUUCAGACCGAGGCAAGAAGGGAUCGACGUAAUGAUGGGCGAAGGGAUCAACCCCCGCGUUUCAAUCGAGAAAGACAUCAGCCCUAUGUCAGAGCAUCUAACCCGCCUCCUCCAAGUGUACGCACUAGAGAAGCUGGGCACGAAGGUGCAAUGGCCGCAAAAAAUGAAAUCGGACCCAAGUGCGAGAAGGCCAAAUGUCCUUUGCGAAUUCCAUCAGGAAAGAGGACACAAGACCGAAGAUUGCAUAGCCUGCGGCAGGAGGUGGUCAGGAUGUUGAAUCAGGGGUACCUGAAAGAACUGCUCAGCGAUAAAGGAAGGGCCAAUUUUGCAAUAGGACAUGACUCAUCUCAAGGACCUCCAAAGCCACCGUCACCGGCACGUACCAUACAGAUGAUUAUCGGUGGAGGCGACGACUCAGUAAUUAACCAGGUGAAGUUCACCACCACGCAUAAGCUCAAAUGGACGGUCGCCCACGAACGGUAUGAUGACUUCGAAGACAGUAUCACCUUCGAAAAGUCUGAUACCGACGAUUUGUCUUUCCCUUAUUAUGAUGCUUUGGUUAUAACGUUACGCAUCGCUGAUACAGAUGUAAAAAGAAUAAUGGUAGACGAUGGAAGCGGAGCGUUAGAGCGGACAUCCAGGGAAAUAGCACUGCCAGUCCUAGCAGGGGGAGUCACGCUGGAAACCACAUUCCACGUCAUGGACCAGGAAACAGCCUAUAAUGCCAUCAUAGGACGCCCAUGGAUACACGCCAUGUGA